AUGUCGACCUCUUUUGCACUAGCGAGCCCAGCAUUGGAACCCGUCGACCAAUUGGAGGACGAGACUUGCUGGGCAGUGCAGCAUGACAACCUGGGAUCUACGUGUGCCAAAAGUUACAUUGACAAUGUUUACUUCGAGGUCCCAGUUCUGGAUAUUGGAGCGCUAUGCACAUCUUGGCAAAACCGCAAGGCGCCAUUCUUGCCCGAAAGCCCACUUCACCAUGCCUUGAUUCUUGCAACUGUCUCGUGGUUGGACAAGUCUACUCUGAUUCGUCACGGGUUUACGAGUCGCGAGGAAGCAUUUGAUGUUCAUUUGAAUAAGUUGAAGAAUUGCAUAGCACAUGCUCCUGAGCACUUAAUAGAGGUGCAAGCUCUUCUCUUGGCCAUCUAUGCUCUAUCCUGCUCGGGUAUUCGAUCUGGGAGAGAUCAAUCUAGAGAAUGGCUCCAACGAGUCGCCGACCACCUCAAACAGGGUCUCUCCAAAAAGACCAAAUCGAAAAUGGCGAAAUGUUCUUCCCUGAGACGACGUAUAUGGUGGUCAGCUUUUAUCGCUGAGCGUCUUCACUACUUGCGUUAUGCGCUCGAGGAGCAGACAGAUAAUCUGAACCCGUCGUUUGAACUCAAUCGGCAAACAGCUAUGCCGCUGACAAUGGAAGACCUAGGGUCUCAAUACUAUUUCAUGGUCGGAGAGACUGCCGACGAGUACUGGUCCAGACUACAGAAGACAUCUUGUUUUCUUCAACGAAAGCUUAUCUGCGAGCAAAUUGAUCAGAUAGUCUGCAGCUCAACUCUGUCACACCCACUAGAGGGGACCACACCGGACACAGCGACAAAGAUCUCGACGGCAGCGUCAUCCAUGGCGUUUUUCAAAUAUGAUAUCUAUUUUGCCACAUUACAGUCGCUAGGCGAACUCUUCCGGCUUUACCAAGAGGGGCAAGGAAGACCAGAUAAGACUGAUUUAUUGAAUAGCGGAAACUGGGCGCUGGCAACCCUGCGGCUCAACACAUACUUGCUCUUCGCUCGGGCCUUAUUAGCAAUGGCCCGGGCACCCAUCAAUACCUCUGGGGUCCCAACCAGGCAGGUUCAUGUAUGGGACAUCGUAAGAGAUAACAUUGUCAGCGAUAUGACGAGGAAAAUUAUUCAGGGGGCAACAGGCGCCUUGCACCAAGUCAAUAUCAACGAACUCCACCGCACAGCCUCCAUUCUGCCUCUGAGAGCUGUUACAUGUGCAACCAGGGCAUUCCUCUACCUGUCGAAAUCACGCACUUCCAGGGACUACUCUUGCAUGAGAUCUCAGCUUGACGUUCUCCUGGGAACGUGCAUAGCGGCUAGCGAUGAACUCUGGACAGAAGGGGCAUUCAUCGAUGGCGACAGCACACCGUAUCUUCUCCCUGAGCUUAGCACCAUGGCAACAACUCCAACCUCUAGCUCCGCUCCAACACCAAUCGGCGAAGACUUCGAAAUGUUAAAUUCGGCGAUAGAGGAAAAGAGAGAGUUGAUGAGCAGCUUCGACGAAUUAUGGAAUCCACCGAAACUUGAAUACAUAUCACCGAGCAGUGUUAUAGAUCUAACUUAG